UUUUCAAAACGUGUUUGCAGAGGAGGAGAACAGCCGGUAAUGGACAAUUUUAACGAGGAGUUGGUGAAGGUGCAUUUCGGGACAAAGAGUCUAGACGCAGUGUUGUCAUCUCCAGCCUCUGAUAAAGAUGUUCAAACAGCUGUCAUUCUGACACAUGGUGCAGGAGGAGACAUGAAUUUCAAACAUUUGGUGUCUUUAGCACGCGCCCUAACAUCUGAAGGUUUAGUCUGCCUCCGUUUCACAUGCAAAGGCUUAAACUUAGCUUUCAGAGUUAAAGCUUACAAUGCUGUGUGGGAUUACUUGAAAACUUUGACGAGGUUUAAAUUAAAAAACAUAUUUUUUGGAGGGAGGUCAAUGGGAAGCCGUGCCGCAGCAGCCCUUGCCCGGCAGCUUAGUGAUGAAUCUGAGGAGGCAGUGCAGGGCGUCAUCUGCCUCUCUUUUCCACUACACCCACCAGGAAAGACCCACGCCUAUCAUCAGCGGAGUGAAGAUUUAAAAAAGCUGCCUGAAAGUGUUCAUGUGCUGUUUGUCUCUGGCACAGAGGACAACAUGUGUAACAGGGACCUUUUCAACAAGGUUGUCAAGGAUAUGAAAGCUGAUGCAGAAGUUUUUUGGUUACAAGGAGGCAGCCAUGGACUGACGGUGAAAGGAAGGUCUGAGGAGUCUGUAAUGGAUGAAGUGAAUUUAAAAGUGCUCCUGUGGAUUAAAGAAAAAACUACUUAGAGGAAUUGCCAUCUGAUGUUUAUUGAUUGCUUCGAAUUAUAUUUAAAUAAAUGAUUCUACAAAUAAA